GCAAGUUCACCCACACUGCUCACUCCUGCCUCCCGUGUCCCAGAUGACCGACUCCUGAUCGGGACCCAAACCUCUCCAGGAGCCGAGGGAGAGACACAGGCCCAGGGCUCACAGAGCACCCUGUCACUGGUACCCAGGAGAUGCUGGGGGCUGCUCCAGCCCUGUGCAUGAGAGGAGACACCCAGGGACCCAAAUUGGAGCCCUGUCCCACCCUGAGUGAGCAUCGAGGGAUGCAGAGAGCAGCAAAGCCACAGCAGGCUGAAAUUUGAAGCAGAAGGACACCCCCACACUGGACACAGCCUGGUGUGUGGCUCAGCCCUGACCAUGACCACAGAGAGUUUUGCAGAGUUCCUGAACAAGCUCAAGGAAAUCCAUGAGAAAGAGGUUCAAGGUCUGCACAGCAAGGUGACGGAGCUGACCACAGAGAAGUGCCGCGAUGCUCAGAGAAUUGAAGAGCUGUUUGCUAAAAAUCACCAAUUAAGGGAACAACAGAAGGUCCUGAAAGAAAAUGUAAAGGUGUUAGAAAACAGGCUGCGAGCUGGCCUUUGUGACAGAUGCAUGGUCACCCAGGAGCUGGCCAAAAAGAAGCAGAAUGAGUAUGAGACCUCUCACUUCCAGAGCCUGCAGCACAUCUUCAUCCUCUCCAACGAGACCAAUCGCCUGAGGGAGGAGAACAAAACUCUCAAGGAGGAACUGAAGAGGCUCCAGAGCCUGGAGGACAGGACAAAGACCCCAGGAGUGUCCUCUAGAGAAAGCUGCUCCACACCAAGCUCCCCUUUGACUCUGCUGUCCCCAGUGAGCAGGAAUGCCAGCACAGAGAAGGCAGAGCCCAGGGAAGCAGCAGCCCAGCAGGACGUGCCAGAGCUGGAGCUCAGUGAAGAAAAGCCUCCAGAGAAGCUCCAGAGAAGCUCCCCAAGCAGCAGGACCUCUCCAGGCACUCUCCUCCAAGAAGUCAGCCUUGCAGAAAUAGCAUCCCAGAGGAUUUCCAACCAGCUGCACGGAACCAUUGCCCUGGUGAGAGCUGGCUCCAGACCCUGCCUCCUGGAAAGGAGUCCCUCAGAGGCAGCAGUGUCUCCCCCAGCCAGGAAAGCUCCUCUCCCUCCAGAACGAGAGCACAGCCCCAGCCUGGAGGCUUAUUUAACAGCGAGCAACCCAGACUCCCCCAAGGCUGCUCCAUCCUACGAAAACCUGAAACUGAGUGCCCGGAGGGAGCAGCUGUGCCUGCUGCACAAGCACCUGUCCCUGCACCAGCUGGGGCUGGCGGGUCCCUGCGCCCCGGGCGAGCGGGACAGCGGCGCCUUCCCCAUGCACCCGCUCAGGAGCAAGGCUGCCGAGGGCAGGACACGCUGCCGGGACCCCUGGGACGAGCAGGCAGCCCUGCUGAAGCUCCCUGCCACCAUGGUGUACGUGAGGGACCAGCAGCUGGAGGAGAAGCUGCAGCUGCUGAAGCAGCGGGAGCGGCUGCAGCAUCUCCUGCUGCGGCAGUGCCAGCCGGGCCAGCGGGCACACGGUGACACCGAGACACGGCCGGGCCAGCGGGCACACGGUGACACCGAGACACGGCCGGGCCAGAGGGCACACGGUGACACCGAGACACGGCCGCUGUCCCCGUGGCUGGGCAUGGCCGUGGGCUGCAAGGAGGAGAGGGUGUUCCUGGAGGAUGCUGCGGACGGGAAGGAAGAGGGUUUGUUCUCCAGGCAGCUGUGGCGGGGCAGGGAGCGCCCCGAGCCGCGAGCCAGGGGGAAGGAGGCGAGGGACGAGGAUGGGGACGCCCCGCUGGACCUGUCCGACCCCAGGCACAGACAGACGGACGGCAGCCCGAGGGACAGCCCCGGGGACAGCCCGGCCGUGCCCGCAGGGGGACACGGGGCACAGCGGGACCGCCUGCGCUGCCCCUACCGCUGGGCACUGCCCGCGGCUGCCAAGGAGGAGGAGGAGGAGGAGGAGGAAGAUGCAGCUGUGCUGAGGCUUUCACGGGCAUAUCUGACAAACAGCUCCACCCCAGGUGACCCAGAGGCCCCUCCUGAGGCCGGGCUGAGGCGGGAUGCCAGCGCACAGAAGGGAGAUGCAGAUGACAAUGAUGCCGAGUCUGGGAAGCAAGAAUCCGAUGAGCCAGACACAACGGACAGUGAGGAGAAGUAUGAAGAUGAGAUCCAACAAGAAGCUGAGGCUGACGGGAAAUACUUUUGCACCAAAGACAAAGUUCACGUGCAGCAGAGGAAGAGAAAAAGAGGACAGGAUCCCUGGAUAAAAGGAUCUAAGAAGUCAAUGAGAGGAAAAAAGAAAAUCAAAGUGGAGCAAUGCCCAGUGGGGAUCACAAAGGAGCUGGAGAAUUGCUCUGCUUCCCACAAUGAUCCCUCCAAGGACAGUUAACAGCAGGGCAGGAUGGAGCAGCUGCAGACCAAAGGACAGAGCUCAGAGCCCUCAGAAUCCCACCCAUGCUGGAGAGUGAAUCCUGUCAUGCUGAGCCAGGCAGUGGGGAAUUCAUAAGGACUCGUUUGUGAGCAGAGCACCCUGAAAGUCCUCACAAUGCCACAGGAGAGGCUGGGCAAGGAUGACCCAAGCAGGUGACACCUGGAGCAGCCAGGUCACUGCUGGAGGAGCCCCACAGUCAGCGAUCUGUGCCAGAGCAGACCCUCAGGCUGGAGCUGGGAAGAGGAGAUGUCUCUUUGGAACCCUCACCCUGCACCAGAACCGUGUUAUCCCUGGGAUUUCACACUUGGAGAGCAGACCUCCAGAGCCCUCUCCUCAUGAAGGAUGUCGCAGUGGCUGAGGGGUGGUGACCAAACCAGACACUGCAGAGCCCCAUGCACAACCUGCUUCAAUUAAAUCCCUACCAGGUUUCAUACUCA